ACUAGACAUCUCAUGGUGUGUGUGUUUAUGUUUGUGUGUAUAGGGGCCAUCCCUCUUACAUUUAGUGACUCCUCACACUCGUCACAAGUCUACUGGCAUCCCGAGCUGCGUUGCUAUCCACACAUGAAGAUUUGAUGCCAGAUUUUGAAACAAAACAGUGACUGACACGAUGACCGCCGUGAAUGCACCACGAGACAGGUACAAUGCAGUAUGGAUCAUAUUCUUCAUUCUUGGGCUGGGAACUCUGCUGCCAUGGAAUUUCUUCAUGACUGCUACCAUGUACUUCACAGGACGUUUGAAGGAUGAGGAACAUAAUCAAACAUCCAAUGGGAUGGCGGUGAAAGAGAGUGACAUGCGUAACAUCCUAGAGUCAAAGUUCAACAAUGUGAUGACAUUGUGCGCCAUGGUGCCACUGCUUAUAUUCACCUGCCUUAACUCGUUCAUUCACCAGAGGAUUCCUCAGAAGUUGAGGAUCUCGGGCAGUCUCUCUGUCAUUCUCGUACUUUUUCUCAUCACGGCGGUGUUGGUAAAGGUGGAGAUGGCUCCCCUGCCAUUCUUUGCUUUCACCAUGAUCAAAAUCAUCUGCAUCAACUCGUUUGGUGCUGUUCUUCAGGGAAGUCUAUUUGGUCUGGCUGGUCUGCUCCCAGCAUCCUACACUACACCCAUCAUGAGCGGCCAAGGGUUUGCUGGAACGUUUGCGGCCUUCUCCAUGAUCUGUGCACUUGCAACUGGCUCUGCGUUACAGGACAGUGCCUUCGGCUACUUCAUCACAGCCUGUGUUGUUAUUCUCAUUGCUAUCGUUUCAUACCUCGUCCUGCCCAGAAUGGAAUUCUUCCAGUAUUAUUCUGAAAGCAAUGGCUUAAGAAGUGUCAACGAUGAGGAAAACAAGAUGGACUUGCUGAAACCUGAAAGUGAAGCAGAGAAGAGACCAGUGGUCAGUCUGACAAAUGAAGAUACCAGACCCUCAGUGUCAGUGUUUGCCAUCUUUAAACAGAUCUGGGUGAUGGCUCUUUCCGUGUGCAUUGUCUUCACAAUCACCAUUGGCACGUUCCCAGCUAUCACUGUAGAUGUCAAGUCUACUGUGGCUCACGGGGGUGCUUGGGAAGAAUACUUUAUUCCUGUUUCCUGUUUCCUCCUCUUUAACGUAAUGGACUGGGCCGGUAGAAGCCUCACCGCUGUGUGCAUGUGGCCUGGUAAAGACAGCAUCUGGCUGCCCAUCGUGGUGAUCGCUCGGGUCGUGUUUGUGCCUCUCUUCAUCUUCUGCAACGUGCAGCCCAGAAACUAUCUGCCUGUGUUUUUUGCUCACGACGCCUGGUACAUCAUCUUCAUGAUUCUCUUCUCCUUCAGUAACGGAUAUCUGGCUAGCCUCUGCAUGUGCUUCGGACCCAAGAAAGUAGCCCAGCAUGAAGCGGAAACCGCAGGGGCCAUCAUGGCCUUCUUCCUCUCUCUCGGUUUAGCUCUGGGAGCCGCAUUAUCCUUCGGUUUUCGUGCCAUGAUAUAAAACCCAGACCUAGUUCUUGGUACGAUGAAGAAGACCAACUUGAUCUCAUCCAAGUUACAUGCUAAAAUGGAUUCAUUAUUGUAUUGAACCACAGAGCCAGAGAGAAAAAGUUUUUGUCCUACAUGUACCUCUUUUUGCUGUUGAAACGGGCUGCCUAUCUGUGCUUCCAGCCUACUUUUGUUGCUCUUGUGUGUGUCCUAUCGAACAAGCUACUAUAGCAACUGGAAUAGAUAGUAUUCAGUGGUUGAUGAAAAGAGAGCCCCUAAUUUUGAGGCUCUAUGAACAAGCCAAAAUCUAUCAGAAGUUUACUUUUUGUAUAUUGUGCCAAUUCAGUAUUAAGCAAAGCUGUAAAGUUCAAGUAGACCCUAAUGAGGCUUUGUGUUUUAUUUGAAUUAUUAGAAAAUGAAUUAGUUGCACUUAAAGGAAUAUUCCGGCUUCAAUACAAAGUUGAAAUUCA